UGGGAAAUCCCCUCCCAGUCCCAUCCACACACAUAAAAGCAGGCUCAUCUUACCAACCUUCACAGACUGACUGCAGCCUUCACAGCUGACACACCCUCAUCCUGUCAUGGCCGACAAACCCAACAUGAUGGAAAUCACAAGCUUCGACAAAACAAAACUGAAGAAGACGCAAACCCAAGAAAAGAAUCCUUUACCAACAAAGGAAGCUAUCGAACAGGAGAGGAGAGAAUCAUCAUCCUGAGAGCAGGCAUGAAUAGGCUGAAGAAAUAAAGACAUCUGCAGCAAUUAAUACACACCUUCAUUAGUGUGAAACUGUGAUUUAACUUAUGUAACCACAUUUCUUUUUCAUAAUUCAAUGAUUCCUUUUUUUUAUAUAUAGAACAUUUUGGUGAAUGUAUGAGUUGUCUUUAAAAUAAUAAAAACAAAGUUAAAAAAAAUA